AUGAGCGGCGGCGGCAGCAGCGGCGCGGCGCAGCAGUCACCUCACUCUCUAGCUUUCAGAGUGAUGCGAUUGUGCCGUCCAACGGUCCACGUGGACACCUCUCCUCUCAAAUUCGAUCCCUGCGACCUCCUCUUCGGCGAGGACCUGUUCGACGAUCCAAUCGCCGCCGGCGGUCUCCCCCGCCUCUUCAGCAGCCAAUCGAAUCCCUCCUCCGUGGAUCCCUCCGAUCUUAGCUACCGCAGCAGAUUCCUCCUCCAGCACCCUACCGACUCGCUCGGCCUCCCAGGCCUUCUCGUCCUCCCCCAAUCAUUUGGGGCGAUAUAUCUUGGGGAGACAUUCUGCAGUUACAUAAGUAUCAACAACAGCUCAAGUUUUGAAGUCCGUGAUGUUGUGAUUAAGGCUGAAAUCCAAACAGAAAGACAAAGGAUACUGCUUCUGGAUACAUCGAAAUCACCCGUUGAAUCAGUACGUGCCGGGGGGCGAUACGAUUUUAUUGUGGAGCAUGAUGUGAAAGAACUUGGUGCACACACCUUGGUGUGCACUGCACUUUACACUGAUGGUGAAAAUGAGAGGAAGUAUCUCCCACAGUUUUUCAAGUUUGUAGUUUCUAACCCCAUCUCAGUACGGACAAAGGUACACUCUAUCAUAAGAUAUCCAUGCCAUGACACAACGUUUUUGGAGGCUUGUUUAGAAAAUCAUACAAAAUCUCACCUUUAUAUGGACCAAGUUGAAUUCGAGCCAGCUCAGCAUUGGGUUGCAACUGUGCUAAAAGCUCCUGAUAAUUCCUCUGAUCAUAACCCAUUAGCAAGAGAAAAUUUCAAGGAACCCAUUCUCAUUAGACCCGGGGGAGGAAUUUAUAAUUAUCUGUAUCAGCUGAAAUUUUCGCCACCUGAUGGUGCACAAAUGAAAAUUGAGGGAAGUAAGAUUCUAGGUAAAUUUCAGAUAACAUGGCGUACAAAUUUGGGUGAACCUGGUCGCCUGCAAACCCAACAUAUACUUGGUAAUCCCAUUUCUCGCAAGGAGAUUGAAUUACAUGCAGUGGAGAUCCCACCUGUCAUUAUCGUAGAGAAAUCAUUUUUGUUAAAUUUAAAUCUUGUGAACACAACCGACCGAGUAUUGGGACCCUUUGAGGUAUGGUUGUCUGAAAGUGAUUCGUUUGACGAAAGGGGUGUGAUGGUCAACGGACUUCAAACAAAGACUCUUGGAGAGGUGCAAGCAUACAACUCGUUGAAUUUUCAGCUGAACUUGAUUGCUGUUAAGCUUGGGAUUCUGAAAAUCAGCGGCAUUACAGUUUUUGACACAAUCGAGAAGAAAACUUACGACUCACUUCUAGAAUUGGAGAUAUAUGUUGACUCGGAGUGA